AAAGAAAACCAUAAAAUCGAAUUUAAAAUUAAGUUUUAAAAUUCAAAGUUUGGCUAAUAAGCAUAAGCGAAACAACAGGGUUGUUCUAUCAUUUGCCAGGUAGCUACACAAAAUUCUGGAAGAUCCACACUUCAUUCUAGUUAUCGACCACAUUAGAUUCUUCCACGACGAGUUAGAAAAAAAAAAAACUUGGAAGCACUUUUGCUUACCAGUUCUGGUUUUGUCAACCGGGCCCGUCAUACAAAAAUUUUGAAGUUGCAUAACUCAGAGAACCAAUCGACACGUUUAGACUUUUCAGAUGUCAUCACUAGCCUUAAGCAAUAUCACCUCACCUCUCAGCUAUGUUUUUGUCAGCAAAAAUAUCAUAAAGAACCAGUCCAAAGUUUGUAUCCAAUUAGGAAUCCAAAAAAAAAGAUGUCUUCAUUAAUUGCAAUCUUCUAAGAGUGAGUAAAAUGGGAUUUAUAUAAAUGAGUUGUACAAGUUGUGCUUAUGUGAAGGAGAGAAAAGAGAAGAGACAAGAGACAAGAAAAGUUAUAGAUUUAUAGUUGGCUGCAACACAAGCUCUAAUAACUAUGUAAGAGAUGGAUGGAUUAGGUAUUAAUGAUGCGGUUUAUAUGUACAAAUAAUUAUUGCAUGAGUGUAUUAUUAGGUUGGCUAUAGAUAAUGUUUCAUUUUUUAGAGUUAGUAGUUGGCUACAUUAUUAAACUUGCUCUAAUUGCUCCUCCAGAAAGGAUGUGAAGAGGAAGUAAUGCUAUGCAAAUCUGCACGGCACAUGAUAUGUUCUUUAUAAAUUUAAGCCACUUGUGCUCCGACCAACUGUACAAAACCGGAGACUUCAUGCUCAUAAGUUUUUUCUUGAAAAAAAUAAGUGAUAAAGUCUUCUGGUUUCCUGCUCUUCCGAUACAACCCUUUCUUAACUUCUGCAGCCUGAGUCAGCGCCAACAAAAAAUUGCCCAAAUCAUGCAACUGGAGCUUCCAUUUGAUCUGAUGCAGUUCGUUGCCCGCACAAUCUUUUAAACUAUUGUUUUCAUCGCUUUUUAAAAAAAGUUAGAUUCCUUUCUUGACUUGAUCUUGAAACUUAAGUCGUCUGGUUGGCUAAUAAACGCUCUUGCUAUGAGGAAUUCAUUUCAGAGUCAGAAGUGCAAUGAAGAUGAGGAUGAUCCUCAGCAGGAGAUGAUAUGCAAAGAGUAGUUUUUAUCUCCGGAGCAACCGAGCAAGAAAAAGAUGGGCAAAAUGCCGUCACAGAAGGACAUCUUUGAGGUGUCAGGACCUACGUACUUGACAUAUGUGAAUUGGAAUUGCCCGCACCACCAGCGAUCCGUCAUGGCGAGCCUCGUCCAGGGCGUGUACGUCAUGGAGCGCGACCGGCAGUGGAACCGGCACGGCCACGACGCCCGCGCGCCGGCGUGGUGGAGGUUCUUCCACUUCGAGGUACGAGAGGUGCUCGUGGACGCCGCCGACUCCUCCAUCUUCGGCGCCGUCUACGCGUUCCAGCCGCCGUGGCACCUCCUCGACCCCGCCGCCGCCGCCGCUGCCAGCGCGCCGCACUACGUCGUCGCGUUCCGCGGCACCAUCACCAAGAAGGCCUCGGCGUCCCGGGACCUGGCGCUCGACCUCCAGCUCGUCCGCAACGGCCUCGACCGCACCUCCCGCUUCCACGCCGCCAUGCGGACCGUCCACGCCGUCGUGGCCGCGGCGGGGCAUCAGCAUCACCACCGCGUCUGGCUGGCCGGCCACUCCCUGGGCUCCGCCAUCUCGACGCUCGCCGCCAAGUCCAUGGCCAGGGCGGGCGUCGCCCUCCCCACGUUCCUCUUCAACGCGCCGUUCCCGUCGGCGCCGGUGGAGAGGAUCGGCGACAGGCGGGUGAGGCAGGGCGUCCGCAUCGCCAACAGCUUCGUCACCGCCGCCGCGGCCACCCUCCUGCACCAUGGCAGCGGCGGCGGAGGCUACGACGCCUUCGCGGCGCUGGCGCGGUGGGUGCCCAACGUGUUCGUCAACCCGGGGGACCCGAUCAGCGCCGAGUACGUGGGGUACUUCGACCACCGGAAGAAGAUGGAGGACAUCGGCGCGGGCGCCGUGGGGAGGGUGGCGACGAGGAACUCGGUGAAGGACCUGCUGCUGGGCAUCGGCACGGCGGGUGGAUGCGAGCCGCUGCACCUGUUCCCGUCCGCCGUCCUGACGGUGAACCGCGGCGCGUCGCCGGACUUCAAGGCGGCGCACGGGAUCCACCAGUGGUGGAGGCCGGACCUGGCGCUGGAAUGCGCCGCCCAUUACUACUAAUAAAGCUUGAAAUUCGAUCUGCACAAUGCGGGGAAAAGAUGCUUCGAUCA